GUACAAAUAUUAAUUUACCAACCUUAAAAUGUCCGACGUUCAGCUAAUUGUAACACCCAGAACCCUGAGUUUUCAGGCGUCUCUAUUGCACUCCCAAAAGCGUCUGAUAAUUCUGAUCAAUUCCAGCGAUAAAGUUGUGAUCUACAGUGUUUGUUUGAGUAAUGAUACGUAUUACAAAGUGGAACCGUCAAAAGGUACAAUAGAAGCUUUUGAUACCACCGAGUUUACUGUAACCCUGUCGCCAGUUGAGGAGGUUUUACCCGAUUGCUCCAUAGUUGUAAAGAGCAUAGCCAAAGACAAAUUAAUUAGGGAAAAAAAUGCCCAGUGGAACUCGAUGGAUGUCAAGAUUGAACUGGAUCCCAAGAAAUCCCCACGGCUAGGGGUCUAUACCCUAAGGACUGGACUGAAGCCACUGGAUCUGGAUGAUAUGGUCAAAAAGCACUAUGAACCAGAGUGUGCAAAGUCCGACCAGCAGUUGAAUCGGUCAAAUACAUCCCACAUCAUUCGAAAUGGCUUUAUAUGUUUCAUUUCAGUAUUCGCUGUAUGCUUGGGAACCUAUAUUAUCCAUGAGAAACGGUAGGGCUUGUUGACCAAGAGCCGCUUUGGAGUGCGAAUCAAUUGAAUUAUGAAUUAUGCAAAUAGGAAUGCCAGCCCCAAGCGGAUUUCACUCAGCCCCAUCUCACAGUUACCUAAAUCAAUCAUACGCGCCGUUGGCCUCAUUAGUCGAGCAUCGAGCCCAGCCACUUUCUCGCCCUCUUCAUUUCGACCUAAGU